AAUAAAAAUAAAAUAAACCUGGUCCGGGUCUUGACUCUAACCCGUUCAGCGGACAAGUGAGGAUCACAGCGAAGAACUUCCCCUUGAAGAUUCUGUGUCCGAGCGCAAUAUUUGCUUUCUCUGAGGCGAUAAUUACUAGGGUUGGAGCUGAGCAGCUAGCGGUUCGUUUAUCUGCAGCUCUUAUCAAAAUUUGGAAAAAUUUGUAGACCGAGGUUGGAUUGGAUGAGUGCAGGGUCUUGAUCACCUGGAAUGAUUUGUAAGGGUCUUUUGGUUUGAUGUAAGCAAUAAUGGAGAACUUAGCUCAGUUGGAAGUGUUGUGUGAAAGGCUUUACAAUUCACAAGACUCUGCAGAACGAACUCAUGCAGAAAACACACUGAAAUGCUUUUCGACAAACAUUGAUUAUAUUUCGCAGUGUCAGUAUAUCCUGGAUAAUGCUUUGACUCCAUAUGCAUUGAUGUUGGCUAGUUCAAGCUUGUUGAAGCAAGUGACCGAGCAUAGUCUCUCCUUGCAGCUCCGCCUUGAUAUCCGAAAUUACCUUGUAAACUAUCUAGCAAAAAGAGGUCCAGAGUUGCAGCCAUUUGUGAUUGGAUCUCUAGUUCAGCUUCUAUGUCGAAUUACCAAAUUUGGAUGGUUUGAUGACGAUAGAUUUAGAGAUCUGGUUAAAGAGUCGAUUAACUUUUUAAAUCAGGCAACAACAGAUCACUAUGCUAUUGGUUUAAAGCUAUUAAAUCAGCUUGUCUGUGAGAUGAAUCAGCCAAAUCCUGGAUCGCCUUCAACACAUCAUAGAAGGAUUGCCUGCUCCUUUAGGGAUCAAUCUCUCUUUCAAAUUUUCCAGAUAUCUCUAACUUCAUUGCAUCAACUGAAAAAUGAUGCUAUUGAUCGCUUGCGAGAAUUGGCACUAUCUCUUUCUCUGAAAUGUUUGUCAUUUGAUUUUGUUGGGACAUCAAUUGAUGAAAGUUCUGAAGAGUUUGGUACUGUUCAGAUUCCAUCUCCUUGGAAGCCGGUCGUAGAGGAUUUUUCUACACUACAGAUAUUUUUUGAUUAUUAUGCACUCACAAAGCCACCUAUGUCAAAGGAGUCACUGGAGUGCUUGGUGAGGUUAGCUUCUGUGAGACGCUCUCUGUUCACAAAUGAUGCUGCCCGUUCUAAGUUUUUGGAUCAUCUAAUGUCUGGGACCAAAGAAAUUUUACGAACAGGGCAAGGUCUUGCCGAUCAUGAUAACUACCAUGAGUUUUGUCGUCUCCUGGGACGCUUCAAAGUUAAUUAUCAGCUGUCAGAACUUGUGACUAUGGAAGGCUACGUUGAUUGGAUACGUUUAGUUGCAGAAUUCACGUCAAAAUCUCUGCAAUCCUGGCAGUGGGCCAGCAGCAGUGUGUAUUACCUUUUGGGGCUGUGGUCUAGGUUGGUGAGUUCUGUACCGUAUCUGAAAGGUGAUGCACCAAGCUUGCUCGAUGAAUUCGUGCCAAAAAUUACUGAAGGUUUUAUCGUGUCAAGAUUGGAUUCUGUGCAGGCUGGGCUACCUGAUGAUAUUUCGGAGCAUCCACUGGACAAUGUUGACCUCCUUCAAGAUCAGCUGGAUUCUUUUCCAUAUCUUUGCAGAUUCCAGUAUGAAAGCAGUAGCAUGUUUAUUAUAAAUAUCCUGGAGCCCGUCUUACAAGUAUAUGUGGAAAAAGGUCAGCUCCAGACAAGUGAUAAUGGCGAACUUUCUGUGGUUGAAGCCAAGCUUGCUUGGAUUGUACAUAUAAUUGCUGCUAUCUUAAAAACAAAGCAGUCUGUUGGGUGCAGUGUGGAAUCACAAGAAGUAAUUGAUGCAGAACUUUCAGCCCGUGUUUUACGAUUAGUAAAUGUUGCUGAUAGUGGGGUACACAGUCAGAGGUAUGGCGAAUUAAGUAAGCAAAGACUUGAUCGUGCAAUUCUCACGUUUUUCCAGCAUCUCAGAAAGUCUUAUGUUGGUGACCAGGCUAUGCAUUCAUCAAAGCAGUUGUAUACCCGAUUAUCGGAACUUCUUGGGCUCCAUGAUCACCUUUUAUUAUUAGAUUUUAUCGUUCGAAAAAUUGCUACAAACCUCAAGUGCUACACAAUGAGUGAGGAAGUUAUUGAUCAUACUUUAAGUCUGUUCUUGGAGCUGGCAUCUGGGUUUGUUACCUUUCAUAGUCUUUUGAAGAAUCUAAUCAGCGUUUCUCAGUGUGCAUCUGCAAUUGAUAAUUUGGCUGCCUUCUAUUUCCACAACAUUACCAUGGGUGAGGCCCCAACUUCACCAGCUGCAAUAAAUUUUGCUAGUCACAUUGCAGAAUGCCCAAGUUUGCUCCCAGAAAUACUAAGAACUCUCUUUGAGAUUGUUUUAUUUGAGGAUUGUGGAAAUCAAUGGAAUCUUAGUAGGCCAAUGCUGAGCUUGAUACUCUUAAGUGAGCAGAUGUAUUCAGGCUUGAAGGCACAUAUAUUGGCUUCACAGCCGGUAGAUCAACAUCAGCGCCUUUCGUUGUGUUUUGACAAAUUAAUGGCUGAUGUUGUUCGAAGCCUGGAUUCGAAGAACAGAGACAAGUUCACCCAAAAUCUUACCGUAUUUAGGCAUGAUUUCCGUGUCAAGUAAGUCCUAAUUCGCUAACCACAAAUGUGUUACAUCACCAAGUUUAUUAUUUACAAAACCCCACGAACCUGAACCCCGCUUACAAAUGUAGAAGUGAGCAUGUGUUUUGACCGGGGUUAUGCUGAAUACAGUGAGUUCUUGACAUUGUACAUUCAUUUUUUUUUUUUUUUAAUAGAAGCAAAGAGUUAGGUGCGUGACAUUGAUUAAUAGCCAUCUAAAUAGGGGUUUAUCAGAUGAAAUUGAUGUCGAGUUUGGUUGUGUAUGGCCAUGUAAUUUUCUACAUGUAUAGACGAGUAAUUCUCAGCUUCUUUUGGUUCAGAAAUGAAUUACCUGCAUUCUUUUGUGGAUAGCAGAAAAUGGAAAUUUCAAGAUCA